GAAAGAUAAUGGAAAUUUCAGCUUCUUCUUGAAUAGCUCGAUGAUCUGCGUAUGAUACUCUCCUAUAUCGAAAUAUCCUUAUGGAUUGCGACAGCAUUUUUUAUGCUCUCGUCGGCAUCAUCCAUAAUGCAGUCUCAUAUACAUGGUACGAGUAGACUUGACUGGAUCAAGCAACAUCUAGGAACGAAGACACCUUAUACGUCUGAGGUAGAAAACAUUACUUCGGUUGAUGAACCAGGCUGUAAAUUACUACAAUUUCAUUCAGUUAUACGUCAUGGGACUCGAUGGCCCACAGCCAGAAAUACAGCCAUAAUAAGGGACAUGGCAUCUCGACUUCUUAUGAGCAAUAGCGAUAAACUCCAGUGGCUAAAGCACUGGGACGACCCUUUCUUGGCAGGAAAAGCCGGAUAUCUACACAUAACAGGACAGCAUGAGAUGUAUCACAUGGGUCGACGAAUCGCUAAGCGAUAUAAGCGGUUACUGGAGAGUGUUGAUCUCGACACAGACGAAUUGCAAUUCGCUUCAGACGCUCAAUCUAGGACAUCUCGAUCGGGAUCAGCAUUCCAUCUUGCUCUGCUAGAACAGACUGGUGAUUUAACCUCAGCUUUUAUCUCGCCCACGAGCUGGUCCAUAUACCCGAAAGCAACCGACUCGUAUAUCCAUAUGGGAUAUACUUGCCCUAGAUGGCUAUCUGAAGUGUAUACAAACCCAAAUGCCACGUAUCAAGCCGAUGCCUGGAUUGAAGUGAUGCUGCCACCAAUAGCAGAUCGACUAUCUACAGAAUUUGAAGUCGAGUUAAGCGUAUAUGAUAUUAAAGCGAUAUACGUUGCAUGUGCCUUCGAAACGUCAUUUUUCGGAAACUAUUCGGACUGGUGCAGCUUACUCGACCCGGACGACAUACUGACAUUAGAAUACGCCGAAGACCUGGAACACUAUUAUAAGUUCAGUUAUGGACAUGAAAUUAAUCGAUGGGUAGCUACAGACCUGAUGAGCAUGCUCAUGCGUAGGUUGGAAAGCAACGAGCCGCCUAAGAUGAGCUUUCAAUUUGGACACUCACAAACCAUUUUAUUUCUCCAAACCUUCCUGAAUUUGAACCAAGACAGCGACAUACUUCGAGCAGAUACACCAAUAGACAUGAUACAUGAACGUAAAUUUAGGACAAGUAAAGUAUCUCCUUUUGCAGCAAAUAUCGGUCUAGAGCUCCAUGAUUGUAGUGGCACUCGAUACAUUCGUGCUCUCUUGUCGGAACAAGAGGUCAUCCUGAAGGGCUGUGAGGAAGCUAUGUGCCCGCUUGACCAGUUCAAGUCGUGGAUUGGCGAAAAGUUGAAGCAAGAUUACGACAUGGUUUGUAGGUUAUAGUCUAGAGAACAAAGUUAAAUUAUCCCAUAUUAUAUAUCCUUCGCAUUUAUUGGAAGAGGUUACAAUCAGGGAAAACGAUGCAAAAUACAAAGUGGUAGAAAAUACAAAAACAAACAAUAAUAUGCAAUCUAUGUUCCAAAGUGAGGCUUGUAGAAUGAUGGGGGUAGCUUUUCCAACAUACUGAAUUUUGGUCGCUCAACCACUACCAUCUCAUUAGCAUCUACAAAACCAGUGUAGAGUAUCUGUUGAUACUUGUUGGAGACCAAGAAAUUGGACU